AUGUCAUCGAGAGAGGUUUCCCUCUCUAACCGGAUUGUCCCGCGGCGUGUCAUUAAGAAGCGGGGGACCACGCGCGAGCGGACAGGAUGUCUAACCUGUCGUCAGAGAAAGAAGAGAUGCGAUCUAGGCUACCCUGUUUGCAAGGAAUGCGUCCGCUUGAACUACAUGUGCAAAUGGGAGGAUCCGAGGCCCGUCGCCGGUGAUAGUCAUAGAGAUAGAGCAGUCCAGCAGGUCAAUCAGAUGCCCAAUCCACCUUUCCGGCUGUCAUGCUCUCCAGACCCAAUCUUAUUUUGGGUCAACGACCAUGCCGACGGCACGAGUGCCUCCAGCCGCCGCCAUUUCCUCCGAUACUACACCCAAACUUUCACACAUCUUCUGACCACUAACAUCGAAAACAAUUCUUUUCUUUCUGUAUUUCUCCCCAUGGCGAUGCACAGCCCGCCCCUCAUGACCAGCUUGAUUGCGUGGUCCUCAUCCCAUCUCUCAUUACGUGACACAUCAUUCCAACAAGUGGCAAUGCAGAAUCGAUGCGCGGCUCUUCGGGAUCUCCGAAGCGCACUCGACUCCAACCCGAGAGAUGUGGAGACCAACCUUGCCAUGUCAUUGGUUCUAUGCUCACUAGAAAGCAUUAUGGCCGACAAUGGCGACGCAUGGUUUCUCCAUCUCAACGGCGCCGCUGGCGUCAUUGCCUCCAAAUUGGGCACAGAAGAAUCGUUUGACGGACACUGCGCAACACGCAUGUUGCAGAAGUUUGAAGAUGCACAUUCCGGACGAUGGCUGCUACGCAACUUUGCAUAUCGCAACAUCGUCAUGUCCGUGGCACGAGAUCAGGCUCCUCUUUUGAAUUCCCAUCAAUUUCUGCGACUCGAUGAGCCUAGGCUGCCUGACUCGCACUUUGGUCUUGCGUCGGAGAUUUUGGAGAUUCUGUACCAUACCACGGCUUUGAAUGAGGAAGUCAAGGCGACGAUCCACCCCGCAUCGGCUUUGCCGAAGAGUGCCGAAGUGGAUCCCGAUAUGCGACCUGGAGCUUCUGUCCAAUCGCCUGAGAUCAUGACAAGGUUCCUUUCUUUGGAGGCUCGUCUUACACUGUGGACGUGUCCUCCCUCGACGGAUCUAUCGCUGAGGCUGUUGGCAGAGUCGUAUCGCAGCUCUGCUUUGAUACAUUUGUAUCGUGUCAUGCGCCGUACCUUCCCCGGUCAGCAGGAUGAACUGUCAUUCAAGACCACCGCGCAGGUUGCGGCUAUUGUGGGUUAUAUCGAGCAAAUGCCGACCCGCAGCUUGCCCGAAUGCACUUUGCUUUUCCCACUGUUUCUAGCUGGUGGGGAAGCUACGGAAGAAGCGCAUAUCAAAUGCAUCCGACAUAGAAUGCUGGACAUGAUUGAGUCUCGAGGCUUCCGUAACGUUGAAAUCGCACUGUCCGUUUUAGAGAAGCUAUGGCGCUUGAGGAUCGCAAGGAAAAAGGCCGAUGCCUCUGUGCGCGUUGACUGGCUCGACAUCGUACAGCAGGAAGGAGUCAACCUUUCCCUGUCAUGA